AUGCGCAUGUUCUUCAUUGUCCUCAAACCUCUUCGUCAGCCUCGUUUUGUGGCUGAAGUUGCUGCUAGCAUUCUCCUCGGACCGACUAUAAUUGGGUUUUUUAAUGUUCCGGAAUUGGAGUCCCAAGUUUUCACGUCGCUCUACCCUUUCGAGAACAGCUUGUUAUUAGAGUCAUUUUCCACCUUAGGACUCACUUACUACAUGUUCUUGGUGGGGUUAGAGAUGGACUUGUCCACGAUAAGGCACAUGGAUAAGAAGUCAUGGAACAUUGCCAUUAUAGGAUCCAUUUUCCCAUUUUUUUUUGGUGCAAGCUUAUACUAUUUACCUACACUUCAAGGCAAGGAUGUAAUCUUAGCUCCACUUGGUGCUUUGUUCUGGGCUAUAACGUUAACUAUGACAAGCUUCCCAGACCUGGCCAGGAUCCUUUCGGAUUUCAAACUUCUCCACACGGAAAUUGGCAAAAUUGACUUAAGUUCUACUAUCAUUAACGAUAUCAGUACUUGGGUCCUUUUUGUUGGAACAAUAAUCACAUCUAGAGGUAUUGGCUACGAAGUGGCCAGAGGGACAAUUCCCUUAGUUGCCUUCGUUGUAAUCUGCUUGUUUGUAUUGCGUCCAAGUAUUGCUUGGUUCAUAAAACGGACCAAAAAGAAAGGAGGCAGAUACUGCGAUAUGCAUAUAUACUUCAUUCUCAUUGGCGUAGUUAUAUUUGGAUGCGUUGCAGAUGCAUGUUGGUCGCAUUCCCUGGUCGGUGGUUAUCUAUUUGGACUCAUUGUCCCAAGAGGAGAGCUCGCCAUUAAUGUCAUGGAAAGAAGUGAAAAGUUUGUGACUGGAAUUAUGUUGCCAAGCUUUCUUAUCAGUAGUGGGCUUAGAACCAGCCUUGACGAUAUAGGAAUUCAACCUAAAUGGGGAACUUUGAUUUUCAUUAUAACUUUUGCUACGUCUGCAAAGAUUGUGAGUACUUUCUGUGUUGCUUUGUGUUGUGGCAUGUCUUCUAGGGAUAGUUUGAUUCUUGGGGGUGUUAUGAAUACGAAAGGGUUUUUUACACUCAUCGUUCUAAAUGAAGGCCGGAGCUUGCCGGCUUUGGACAACAUGUCAAUGGGUGUAAUGGUGUUAACAAUUCUGUUCAGGAAGAGUUUGGUAGGGCCAAUGGUCUUCUUAAUCAACCGAGCCGGAAAGAGUAUCAUCAACCUCCUCCAAGUCUCCAAUUCCACAGAGAGAUCCCCAAUUUCCGUUUUUGCAGUCCACCUAGUCGAGCUCAGUAGAGCUACCCCAUUGCUGAUUGUGCACAAUACACCUGAGUAUACAUCUCACAACAAAUCUCGUAGAGGAAACACAGAGUUAGACCAUAUAAUUACUGCCUUAAAAGACUAUGAAGACAGGAACGAAGCAGUCUUCGUUUAUCCACUUACCGCCGUAUCGCCUUACCCCACAAUGCACGAGGACAUCGUCACGCUUACCAAGGAUAAGGAUGUCACAAUCAUUUUAAUCCCAUUUCACAAGCAACUAACAGCAGACGGUGAACUGCGUGAUGACCACCAUCCAAUAAGGGAUGUGCACAGAAAAUUGCUAGAAAAGGCACCAUGUUCUGUGGGCAUACUCGUUGAUCGUGGACUUACAUUUCACAUAGGCUCAAACGCAUCCAGCGGCAGGCGGGAGCUCCGAGUCGCCGUAAUCUUUAUCGGUGGAGCUGACGACCAGGAGGCCUUAAGUUAUGCUUGGAGAAUGGCAGGGACAAUGCGCGUUACCUUAACUGUGGUGCGGUUUCAAUUAGCAAAAGAUCCAGAUGUAGAUAAAGUGGCAGAAGGGGAGAAGACUCUGCAUUGGUCUGAUGAUGAAUACAUCAACGAGUUCAGGUUUGAGUCAGUGUUGGAUAAGUCAAUAAGUUAUCAUGAAAAACUAGUUCAAAAUAGCGAAGAACUUGAGACGACCAUCAGAGAACAGUACAAUAGCUUUGAUCUUUAUAUAGUUGGGCGAGGGUUAGGAGUAAAAUCACCAUUGAUAAAAGGACUAAAAGAAGUGGGUGACAAUCCGGAGCUAGGAGCAAUGGGAGAGGUAUUGGUGUCAUCCAAACGUACAGCACAUGCAUCAGUUUUUGUAGUGCAACAAUCUACUUCGGGGGCACUGGAUGCUACAUUGCCCCAUCGCAAGAGGAAAUUGGUUAAAAAGGAUUGGGCUUCACCCAUUUUGAAUCCUGAUUAUGACGCCAUUGUGCAGCAGAAAAAGAGGGGCUAG